AUGAGGAAUAGAUUGGACAAAUCUAGCCCGAUGGACAUUAGGAGGUUUGAAUGGCCAAAACAAGUACCCAUAAAAGUCACAACAUUCGUAUGGAGAGCUAAACAGGGACGUAUACCAGCAUCGGUGACCAUCUCCGAUAGGGGCAUAACAGUAAACUCAAAAAUUUGUUCUCAAUGCAGCGAAAAGGAGGAGACGAUGGAUCAUGUAUUAUCUGAAUGCACAUUUGCUAAAUCUGUCAUGAAAUGGAUCUUAAAGUGGUGCCAGUACCCUUUGCAGACCUUACGACAGUACAUGAUGUUAUAG